GUCGCGUGGGUUGUGUUUUGUAGACAGCGAGAGUGCGAAACGAGUGCUCAGAAACUAGUGUGUGGCGUUUCUGACCGAUAUUUGACCAAGCACACGUCGUCGUCCCAAGACCCAGCCAGGAAAAAUUUCGAGGAAAAGCUUCCGGCACUGCAUUUAAAGUAGAAAGUGUCGAAGGCUGUCAUCGUCAGCGUCUCUCAGCGUCGUACAAGCUUUCGUUUUCCGUGGCUCUGUUGCCCGAGUGUUUCUAGGGAAGACGAACAGCAUAUAAAACGAUAAAAAACGGGGUAAAAAUCGGCUCACAAGUAUAACGGGGCCAGUUCCAAUGUGCGACCGCGUCAUCGCCAGACGUGAACAGCGAACCGAAGAGCAGCUGUAAAGUUGCGUUGAAUCAUUUCUGGCGGUUUUAAGUUUCUCUGCCUUGCUGCGUGAAAUUUACGCCGAAAUCAGUGCACACUCUUUUCCUAUGAAACGCACAAACACAUAGCAGACCGGGCAGAGUAGCACAGCUUUGUCUAGCUGCAGAAUACCGAACCGAGUGGGAAACCGAGGAAAACGCAAGGAAGCCCGUCCAAACUUAACCAAUAGAUCACAGUGAACCGUUGUGAAGUGCAAGCACCUAGCAGAGUGAAGCAAUUGAAUGAAAAUUAUCCUAAUAGCGGCGUCGUGAUUGUUUUGCGAAAAAUUGUCGAUACAAGUGAACACAAGGUGACAAGUAAGCCUGCUUAGAUCAUCUUUGGCGGGCAGCGUUUAUUCCCCGGGUUGGGUCUCCGGUAGUGUACGGCGGCAAAGCAAAGGUUGCAUCUCUGUCCGUUUGUUCCGUGAGUAAUUUCACGGUGAAGUUUCGGACACCACUGCACCACCGGAUUUCUACAAAAAAUGAACGGCUACACGGAUCUGCCUACUACCAUGGAAAAUAGCCGGAAUUGUUUGCGACGGAUCGCGCGCCACGAUGAUCAGGAGUUCUCGAACCAAAGUAUAUUGAACGCCAUGGAAAAAUUCGUCAGGAAUGUUAACACCAUGGACGAAACGAUACUGGUGCCCUGCCGGUUGAUGGAUCGAAAGGUCGGGGAUGCUACGGACACACUACCGGUUACGCCGAAAGCACAGCACUGUGGCGCUCACCAUGGCAAAAAGUCAAACCGUGCCUCGAUCCGGGAAGUGCUCAACACUUCCGAUCUCUUCCAGCUGUACAACACGCUGAAGCUGGUAAAGGUGGAUCUGCUGUGGGGCCGCCAAGACGCGGAAGACAGCGUCGACGAGUCGGCCGUCAUGGGCUGCAGCACGACCGCAUCGUCGAAAGUACACGACAAAGGUACCACGAAUGCCAGCAAUGCGAGCCUGCUUGCCAGGGAAGGGUCACCGGUGGGAAACGAAAAGACGGUCGACAGUAGCAUCACCGGAACACAGCCACCGGCCGGUGGUGGUACGCCAAAGGGACAUGCUCGCCGACCGAGCACCGUCUCGGUGGCGUCGUCCAACUCGGCGAGCACACUGAGCGAUUCCGACAGCGAAGCAUCGGCCGAGAACGAUUCCGGCAUCGAAUCGGAGGGUAAUCAGGAGCAGGACCGGAGUACCGAGUUGGCCAAGCAGUUUCGCACCCAUCUGCUCGGCCUGUACCGGUCGCUCGAACAGAUGAGUGAAGCGGCCAACUAUUUGACCACUCGGUACCAGAGUGACGUCGGCCCGGUCUAGGGUUUCUCGCGACUGUGCAGACGCAGAAACCCGGCAGCGU